AAAUCUUCUUUUUACUCACCAUGUUCCGUCUCGCUGCUCUCGCUCUUUGUGCCGUUACUCCCGCGCUGGCCGGUGUUGUGCUGGUCCGUGACCCCUCCCCCAGCGACAUUCAGACUUACCUCGACGUCCACAACGCCGAGCGUGCGCAGCACGGCGCCAAUGCUCUUGUAUGGAACAGCACCCUUUCCGGCGCUGCCCAGAGCUGGGCCAAUGGCUGUGUCUUCCAGCACUCUGGAGGAUCUCUCGGCCCCUACGGCGAGAACCUUGCCGCUGGCACCGGUAGCUACAGCAUUACUGACUCCAUCAACAGCUGGGAUAGCGAGGAGUCCCAAUACGACCCCAGCAACCCCCAGUACUCCCACUGGACCCAGGUUGUCUGGAAGGGCACCACUGACCUUGGCUGCGCUGUCGCAACUUGCAACGGCAUUUUCGACGCUAGCUACGGUCCCGCUCAGUACUACGUCUGCGAGUACUACCCUGCUGGCAACGUUAUCGGCGAGUUUGCCCAGAACGUCCAGAAAUAAGCGGCUUCCCCUCUUUAUCUGGAUGCACUGUGUGGAAUAUUGGUCUCCAUUCGUAGAGAGGAGUAUCUUAUGUGUUAAAUUAAGGAAUAAACAUUUUAGUCCUUCAAGAAAGAUUUGGCAGCG